AUGCCUGUACAAGACCAAGCAAUGUCUUCCAUGCAUCUUAAUCAUAGACAUGCUCUGCCACCAGCGUGGGAACUACAAAUAGUAGAAAGUCUAACCAGUCUACAGCUUGGAAAUAUCCAGCGUGUCUUGCCAUAUCACUCCAAGCACCAUGGAAAGAUGUUUGGAUUUAACGUCUUGUGUUUGCUAUUGCCAAACCAAUUUCCUUUUGAGCAUCAACAGACAGGAAAAGAGGGUGAUUACUCCUGUACUUACCACAUACCAAUUCCUAAAUUUACUUGCCAAUUCCAUGGCAAAGUCCAUGCAUUUCGUCAAGAGCAAAAAAGGAGUGGGCCCUUAAACGAUAUAAGUGAGGCAAAAGGAGACUGUCCUGUGCAGCCCUUGCAUGACAAACUUGUACUAUUGAAAUUUCAGAAGCUUUCCAGAGUGCAGAUGUUAGUCCCUAGUAAGGAUCGGAAAUACUGUCUAUGGCCAUGA